CGUUCGAUUGACUCUCCCCCGUCUUGUCCGCCAGCACCUCCACCGGGACCCGGCCAGCCAGACAGCGCGUCUCCUUCUCUCUUCGACGCGGGGGGAAACAUCCAGUCUCUUGCGAGCGUUGCUCUCCAUUUUGCCCCCUUCAGGAACAUAAUGGAGAAAAUGGCCAGACCUGUUCCCCUGAACCCAACUUUCCUGCCGCCGACCCACGGCGUGCUGAAGUCGCUGCUGGAGAACCCGCUGAAGCUGCCCUUCCACCACGAUGAAGGAUUUGGUAAAGACAAGGAGAAGGAGAAGAAGCUGGACGAUGAGGGCAGCACGGCCAACCACCCGCAGUCGGCCUUCCUCGGGCCCACACUCUGGGACAAGACGCUGCCCUACGAUGAGGACAACUUCCAGCUGGAGUACAUGGACCUGGAGGAGUUCCUGUCGGAGAACGGCAUCCCGGCCAACUCGGCCCAGAGCGACCAGGCUCAGCAGCAGCAGCAGGCGGUGCAGCAGCAGCCUCCGCAGGCGGCGGCUGCGGCGGCGGCGCCUCCCACCCUGUCCACCCCCUCUGUGGUGGACCUCAGCAGCCGCGCCACCACCUCGGCCCUCGCGGGCGGCAUGGCGCCUCAGAGCUGCCGCCGCAGCCCCAGCGCAGCAGCGCUGCCCUCCUCCCGGGACACCCCCAGCCCCAUCGACCCAGAGUCCAUUCAGGUGCCCGUGACCUACGACCCCGACCCGGCAGACCUGGCCCUGUCCAGCGUGCCCGGCCAGGAGAUGUUCGAUCCCCGGAAGCGCAAGUUCUCCGCCGAGGAGCUGAAGCCGCAGCCCAUGAUCAAGAAGGCCCGCAAGGUUUUCAUCCCUGAGGAUCUGAAGGACGACCGGUACUGGGCCCGGCGCAGGAAGAACAACGUGGCGGCCAAGCGGUCGCGGGACGCGCGGCGGCUGAAGGAGAACCAGAUCGCCAUACGGGCCGGCUUCCUGGAGCGGGAGAACGCCGCGCUCCGCUCGGAGGUGGCGGACUUGAGGAAGGAGCUCGGCCGCUGCAAGAACGUCGUGGCAAAAUACGAGGCCCGACACGGGCCCCUGUGAGCCCCCCCCACCUCCACACUUUUACUGCCCCAACCCAGGUUUUUCCCUCGAGUUUGAAGGACAAUGUGUCUCUAUGGUGACACUGCCCCCCACACACACACACACACACACACACACACACACCUGUAUGAUUCUGGUAUUAUAACUCUUCUUUCAUAAGCUUCGAUUCGUCUUUUUAUUUCCUGUAUGCAUCGUUCGACUGACUAUAUAUAUGCAUAGAUUUAAAAAAAUAAAUAAAUAUAUAUAGAUUUAUAUAUUUACACAUGCAUAUACUCCCCACUGUAAUGUAGUGGGAGGAGUUAUGAGCCAACCCCACCACCUGAGUCCUGCCCCCCUUCACCUCUGACCCCGCACCCAGUUGUCCACUUUUGGAAACGACGCCAUGAUGUUUGUUGUUCACUUUCAUACCGAUUUUAUACGUGACAUCAGGACUGAUAAUUGUUUCCUCCUCCUCCUCCUUCUUCUUCUGUGUUUAAAUCAUGUGAAGUGUCAGAGCUCGCUUCUGCCCCACCCCCCACCCACCACCAAAAAAGAUUUUGAAUAAGGAAUCUUCUGUUUUUAAGCCCUGUAUCUGUUUUUUUCUUCUUCUAUCUUUUUGGACCCCCCCCCCCCCUCCUUCAGCUUCUCUAGAACAGCAUUGUGGGUAUUUUUGAACUCUUUUUUUUUCAGAUGGCACUUAAAUUUGUCUGUGCAAUCGUUUUUCCUUCAACAUCUGAGCAAUAAAUCAGUCCAGAACUAAACUGACUACCUUACAUACUGCCCCCCUGGACCCCCCCACCCCACCCUCAAUGACAGAUCACUACCUAGCCCCCCCCCCCCCCUCUCUCAACCUCCGUUGACCUCAGUUGACCUCUGCACUAUACAAUGCGCGUCUCACAAUCUGAUCCGGUGAAAAUGUUUUUCCACUCCCUCAAACUUUUCCUCCGCCUCAUAUUUAUCUACCUUUUUAUUUCUCAGAUGGAAGAUUGUUUUUGUUUUUUUGAAUAUAUAUAUAUAUAUAUAUAUAUAUAUAUAUAUAUAUAUAUACACACACACACACAUUCUGUGAUAUAAUUGUUAGCAUUGCUACUUCUCUUGACACUGUUGUCGUCCUCGUUUUCAGAUUCAAGCAUGAUUUUCUUUUAACAGAACGAAAAACUGUUCACAAAAAUCUUUUUUCUUCUUCUUUUUUUUGGGGCUAUGUUGUUAAUAAUUAUUUUCUUUUUCUGUGCUUCUUCUGCUUAACGUAGCAUGAUCAACGAUUGUUUUUUUUUUGACAAAUCAACCGAUGUCUGUAGUGUCUCUCUCAGUAGCUCUGUGUUUAUUUUUUAAAGAUGGCUGUAUGAAUGUAAAAGAUGUAGAUGAUGAAGAUGAUGACGAUGGUGUUGUCCAAUACUGUGGUUUAAUCCCGAUCAAUUUGUUUACUGCAAAACCAAAACCAUUCACAAAACAGAGAUGAUAUAUUGGUUACAAGAGAUAUGUUUAUAUAUAUAAACCUAUUCUAUAUAAGUUGUUCCUUUUUUUUUUGUACAGUAUUUUUCCUAUACAUUACUGAAGUAUGUAUUUUAAAGGCACAACAGAUCCGUGUUAUUAUUAAAAAGAUACAAGUAUAUAACUCAAAGACAAACGCAUAUAGUGGUAUUUUUAAUAUUACGUAAACAGCUGUGAUGUGGUCGUUCUACGGGGAGUUGUGGAUAUUGAGCAACAGCCAAAACCUCUUGGUCAUUAUUGUUAUAAUCAUGUCACUAUUAUUAAUAUUAUUAAUAUUAUUAUUAUAUCUUCUAAAAAAAAAUCCAUUGAUUGGGGUCCAACAAGAAAUCACACUUGUCGCGUUUGGUGGCGUACACCGCCCCCACCCCACUCCCCUCGCCCUCCACCUCCACCCCUCGCUCGUAGGGAUGUUUUAAAUGAACCGCGCAGCUCAAAAGUCUCUUGUUUUUGUUUUAUUUCUGAUUUGACAGGAUGACGUUACUAUGACGGACGGGAAAGAACACGAUCGCUGGUCACAGUUGUUCGUGUGUGAUGGGUUCAGCCAAGGCAGUCGUAGCGUCUCCCUGAACCUGAGUGAUUGACACUGGGAAGCUGUUCCUUUUACAGUUGAGUAAAUCGUAUCUUAAUAAAUACUUUUUCCUUUUCUGCUGCAAAAACGGGAAAUUAAAUGUGUUAAAUUUAAUUUUUUUUUCAUGCAUGCACAAGUGGAGAAGGACAUUUUAUCUAAUUGACACUCAUGGGCCUCCAUAAUAUUUCUCAAUGUGUUUUUUAAAUGUCAGUAUUUUCUUCUCUCCAGGUUGGCGAACAUUAAAAUAACAUUUUAAAAAAUCCCCAAAUUAGGAAUGUAACAAAGCCAACGGCGGCCCAAUAAAACUGCAGAUGGAUUCAUCGGUCUUAUCCCAAUCCAGACUCGGCCGAACUUGAGUCGAUUCGAGUGUGUGACAUGUAAAACGGUCAUUUUCUAUAAAAUAAAAAAAGUCUUUACAGGGUUUUUUUCCUUCUACGUAUUUUCUGCACAGACGAGUGUGAACAGGGUGAAGACUGGAACGAAGCCACCCGAGUCUGUGAAGCAUCUUUUUAUUAAAUCAUAUAUGUAUACAUAGGACAAAAGCCAAUAACUAAUCCAUGUGUAAUCCCAAAAUGACCUCACUGUCAAGCGAUUUCACUACCUCACCCGGACACGUUAACCAUAGUUGUAGAGUUCCAGUGCCUUGAAUACACUGACUGUUCCCCGGUCUCUCAGUAAUGUUAAGAUCUCAUCACGCCGCCACACGGAUAGGUUCAGCUCGGCACUGAAUCCUAUUAAAAAUAUACAUUAUAUACACUGACAAUUCAUUUCUUAUUUUGGACAUUGCAACAGACUUUGUAACCAUUGUAUUCAUGGCAACACCAACGGACUGUUCCGGAGAGAAGUACUCGCUCUUGCUUGUCCCGGGAUGGAUGCACAGCAUUUGUUUUUCAUGUGCUGUUCAGCCCUCGGCCUCUCGCCCUCUGUCUCUCUGUGUAUAUUUGUAGUGUCAAAUAAAAUCCCAAAUUCUUUUCUCA